GCAAUAAAUUUUAGAUGGACGGAAAUUGGAUUGGAUUGGAAAGGACUGGAAGGAGACCCAAAAAAAAAAAAAAAGUGUACCAAAAAGUUGAGCUACGUGCCAGCUUGAAACUUCUCCUAUAAUUUAGUCACAAAACCAGUCAAUCUCGGACCCUUUGAUUUGAACACUGGAGUGUGGAAAGUUCUGGUUUUGAUUGUGUGUGCUUCGGAAUCACAGCCAGCCGUAGACUCUUCAAUUCAGUUUCCAACAUUUGUAGCAGCAGCAUAAGAGGAAUCUCUAUAUAUCUAUCUGGGAAUCUAAAGGAGGAGAGAGCAGCAUAAGAGGAAUCUCUAUAUAUAUCUAUCUGGGAAUCUAAAGGAGGAGAGGAGAGAGAGAGAGAGAGAGAGAGAGAGAGAGAGAGAGAGAAAAGAAAGGAAAGGAAAGAUGUUGGAAGGGAAAGCUAACAUAAAGGAAACAGACAUGCCAGAAAAGAUGCAGAUGCAAGCCAUGGCUUGUGCUUCUCGAGUCCUUGAUAAUCUCCAUGACGUUUUUGAUUGCAUAUCUAUUGCUGCCCACAUCAAGAAGGAGUUUGACAAGAUGUAUGGAAGUGGCUGGCAAUGUGUGGUGGGUUCUAACUUCGGUUGUUUCUUCACUCAUGCACCUGGGACUUUCAUAUACUUUUCCCUGGAGACCCUCAAUUUCCUCAUCUUCAAGGGAGCCUCUUCGUGAGUUAAUUUACCACAUCAAAAGUAUGAGAGCUCUUGGAAUCUAUACUUAUUUGUGUAAUCAGAGUUUGUGUGAUACUGGUAACAAGAGUUUGUAAAUGGUAGUUAAAGAGUUUCUAUCUUCUUCAAUCGGUGGAGAGCCUCACAGUGCCCCAACAUGCCUCUUUGUAAUUCCUCCUCAGGAUUAUAUUACUGCUUAAUCAUAUAAUUAAUUGCUCUUAACUAAUUAAUCAUCAUUAUCAUCUGUACGAGUCUGUUGGUUA